CCAACCCAGCAAUAAAUAGUAUAGAUCUAGACUCUAGAUUUUAGAUUCUAUAUUUUGGAAGCGAACUCGUCAUGUCGGAACAUUAUAGAUAUCAUAAUUAUAGAUCUAGAUCUAGAAUCUAGUAUAUAUUUUGUGAAUUAAAAAAAAAAACAGUUGUAUGGCAGUUCGGUUAUCAAUUCUAGAUAGAUAAUCUAGAUCUAGAUAUACUUUUCAAAAGAUCAUCACGACUCUGUCUCUACCCUCACUGCACUCACUUCACUAGACUAGACUAGAUCUAUCAUCUAGAAAAACUAGAAUCUAGAAUAGUUAUGUUAUAGAAUCUUAACUUAUUAAGACAGAUCUAGAUUCUAAGUUAAGACUAAUAAAAGAGUCUAGAGUCUAGGAUCUAUUUAAAUAUUCCAAAUCUAGAUCUAGUAUUUAGAGGUCUAUAAUUACUAGAAGUAUAAAUAUAGAUCUAUUAAUUUAACAGUAACUGUGACAGACAAAAUGUCUAAUGUAUCAAAUGUUGAAAAUCUGUCUCCACAAAUUAUACGGCAAGUUUCCAAAGAAAUUAGUGGACUUUGUCAAAAUCCACCUGAGGGCAUCAAAGUAUUUAUGAAUGAUGAAGAUGUGACAGAUAUACAAGCUACUAUUGAAGGACCUGCUGGUACACCAUAUGCAGGAGGCAAUUUCCAAAUGAAGUUAGUUCUGGGUAACAAUUUCCCAGCAGAGCCACCAAAGGCAUUUUUUCUUACCAAAAUAUUUCACCCAAAUGUAUCCAGCAAUGGUGAGAUCUGUGUUAACACUCUUAAAAAAGAUUGGAAGCCUGAAUUGGGAAUUAAACACAUUUUACUAACUGUCAAAUGUUUGCUGAUUGUGCCUAAUCCUGAGUCUGCCUUGAAUGCUGAAGCAGGGAAAUUAUUACUUGAACAAUAUGAAGAUUAUUCACAGAGGGCAAAGAUGUUUACUGAAAUUCAUGCUAAGCCACUUAGGGCUACAGAGGAGAAUGUUUCUACUGAAGAUAAAUCUGUGGAUGGGCCAUUAGCAAAAAAGCAUGCUGGUGAUAAAAAGCUGCUGGAUAAAAAGAAACGUGAUAAAAAGAAAACUUUAAAGCGCUUGUGACCCAUUUCUGCCAUUUAAAAAAAAUCAUAUUUAUUUAUCAUCUCUCAUAAUUCUCAUUUGAUUAUAACAUGUUGAUAAUGGAGUAAAUAGUUUAUAUGAUAGUGUGCGAAAACUUAUGCACUUUGAUAUAAUUUUUACUCAUUUUAUAUUUGUUUCUACUUUGUCCCCCUUCAUCUUAUGCUAUUAAAAAAAAAUUAAUAGAUUAAAUUUAUAAGUGGAUUUUCAAUAAGAGAAAAAAAAAGGAAUGCUCAAACAGAAGUCCUACCCUAAUUUCAUACAUCAAACAUUGGCAAAACAUUUUUAUAUUAUUUCUAAUGUCUACUGUUUAUAGCACUAGUUUGUGUUACUAAUGUUUUAUAUUGUAUCAUACUAUUUAAAUGAAACCAGUAUAUAAGCAAGACAUUGGACAGAAGAAAAUGGGAUCUAAUAAUAUAUUGUAAAUGUUGGUGUGUGAUUGUGGGCAGCUCAUUUCAUAUUUGUCAGUCAGAGAAAUAAAUUUCUCCUAUUGAUUUUAA